AUGAGUCAUGAGAAUGAAGACACGAAUUUAACGGUUCUCGUAACCGGUUUCGGUGCGUUCCAAGAUAUCAAAAUCAAUCCUUCAUGGGAAAUCGUAUCACAGCUUCCCUCUUCCACAACCCACAAAGGUCAGGGCAUCCGGAUCAUCACCCACCCAGCGCCCUUCAAAGCAGCUUAUCAUGACCUCCUAAAUGUGGUCCCAAAAUUGCUUGAGCAAGUUUCUCCAGAUAUCGUUCUGCACAUGGGUUUAGCAGUAGAGCGGGAUUAUUUUGCGGUUGAGAAAGGAGCGGAUAGAGAUGGGUAUCAUCAGUAUCCCGAUGUUGCGCGAAAGGUAUUCACAAAAGUGGAGAAUAAGAAGGUCUGGGGGAAGAGUCCUGCGCGGUUAGACUCGUGUCUGGAGUUGGAGAAUGUUGUUGGAAUGUGGCGGGCGGGUGCGGGAAAGGGGACUGAUGUGAGGAUGAGUGAUGAUGUUGGUGCUUAUGUUUGUGGGUUUGUGUAUUAUUUGACUUUGGAGUAUUUCUAUAGGAAAGGGGAGAAGGAGAAGUCAAUUUUGUUUAUGCAUGUGCCGCCAUUGAAUGGGGAGGCGGAGAUUGAGAAGGGAAAGAGGGUUACGCUGGCUAUGAUACAUGCCAUGGCGGAGUGCUCCAGAAAGUAG